CACAGCAUCAAUCUCCUCUCCUCUCUUUUCUGAGCCAUCUCAAUCCAACUCCUGCCACUCGGAAGUUCCUCAUACCAAGCUUCACGAGCGAGCAAGAUGAUGUCGAGGAGCGUUCUGCGCCAAUCCGGCCGCAUUGCCGGUGCCAUUACAGCAUCUGGAAGAAUAGCUGCGUCUCGCGUCGUCACCCCUGCACCUUUCAAUGCCACCUCAAAACAGGUCCGAUCCUACGCCGCCGAUGCCAAAGCUUCUCCCACCGAAGUUUCCUCCAUCCUCGAGCAAAGAAUACGUGGAGUCCAAGAGGAGGCAGGUCUUGCUGAGACUGGCCGUGUUUUGUCCGUCGGUGACGGUAUCGCCCGUGUCCAUGGCAUGAGCAAUGUCCAGGCCGAGGAGUUGGUCGAAUUCGCUUCCGGCGUUAAGGGCAUGUGCAUGAACUUGGAAGCUGGUCAAGUCGGUGUCGUGCUUUUCGGUUCCGAUCGUCUCGUCAAGGAAGGAGAAACUGUCAAGCGUACAGGCCAGAUUGUCGACGUUCCAGUUGGCGAGGCCAUCCUUGGUCGUGUUGUCGAUGCCCUUGGCAACCCCAUUGAUGGCAAGGGCCCUCUUAAGACCACUCAGAGACGCCGUGCCCAAUUGAAGGCUCCCGGUAUUCUGCCUCGACAGUCCGUCAACCAGCCAGUCCAGACUGGUCUCAAGUCCGUCGACGCCAUGGUGCCUAUCGGUCGUGGCCAGCGUGAGCUGAUUAUCGGUGACCGUCAAACCGGAAAGACUGCCGUCGCUCUGGAUGCUAUGUUGAACCAAAAGAGAUGGAACAGCGGUAAUGACGAGAAGAAGAAGCUCUACUGUGUCUACGUGGCUGUCGGCCAGAAACGAUCCACUGUCGCCCAACUCGUCAAGACACUUGAGGAGAACGACGCCAUGAAGUACUGUAUCAUCGUCGCCGCCACCGCUUCCGAAGCUGCUCCUCUGCAGUACAUUGCUCCCUUCACCGGAACUGCGAUGGGGGAGUAUUUCCGUGACAAUGGGAAGCACGCUCUGAUCGUGUAUGAUGAUCUUACCAAGCAAGCCGUGGCCUACCGGCAAAUGUCGCUGUUGCUCCGGCGUCCUCCUGGGCGUGAAGCUUACCCCGGUGACGUCUUUUACCUCCACUCCCGACUUUUGGAGCGUGCCGCCAAGAUGAACGACAAGCAUGGUGGUGGUUCUUUGACUGCUCUUCCCAUCAUUGAAACCCAGGGUGGUGAUGUGUCCGCCUACAUUCCCACCAACGUCAUUUCCAUCACUGAUGGCCAGAUCUUCUUGGAAGGUGAAUUGUUCUACAAAGGUGUUCGACCUGCCAUCAACGUCGGUCUGUCUGUUUCCCGUGUCGGCUCAGCCGCUCAACUCAAGGCCAUGAAGCAAGUCGCCGGUUCCCUGAAGCUUUUCUUGGCCCAAUACCGAGAAGUCGCCGCUUUCGCCCAAUUCGGUUCUGAUCUUGAUGCCGCCACCAAGCAGACUCUCAGCCGUGGUGAACGUUUGACCGAGCUUUUGAAGCAGAAGCAAUACUCACCCAUGGCUGUCAACGAAAUGGUUCCUCUUAUCUACGCUGGUGUCAACGGUCACUUGGACAGUGUCCCAGUCGGCAAGAUCUUGCAAUGGGAAGCUGACUUCCUCGCACACUUGAGGAGCGAUCAAUCCGAUCUUCUGGCAACAAUCGACAAGGAGGGUCAAUUGAGCAAGGACCUGGAGCAGCAACUCAAGGAGGUUGUCGUUAACUUUACCAAGAGCUUUUCAUAGACGUGAAGGGUCGAAAAAACGCUUGUACAAUUUCCCUGGCUUGGUCGAAAACUAGGACACAACAUGAACCAACCUGAAGCAGGAAAGGGUCAGAAGUGGAUCAAUAUUGCGUCUGCUGACAAGAGAGAAAGUGUCACAUUGUAACUAGAUACAUAUCCAGUCCUCCAAUCGAUUCCGUUUGGUUUUGAA